AGGUGACGGGGGUGAACGUCAACAUGCGGGUGGGGAUCCACAGCGGGCGCGUGCACUGCGGGGUGCUGGGGCUGCGCAAGUGGCAGUUCGACGUCUGGUCCAACGACGUGACUUUGGCCAACCAGAUGGAAGCGGGAGGCAAAGCGGGGCGCAUCCACAUCACGUGGGCGACGCUGCAGUAUCUGAACGGGGAUUACGAGGUGGAGCCGGGGCACGGCGGGGAGCGCAGCGCCUACCUGAAGGAGCACAACAUCGAGACCUUCCUGAUCGUGGGCUGCAGCCAGAAGCGCGUGAGUUCGGGC